CAGAAUUGGUUUCCGUUGGUGUCAUGUUGGAAGGAUUGUGAAUUUCGUGCUCAAUUUUCCCACAUAGUUGGUAAACAACAAGGACUAUAAUUUUUGAAAUAGUCUUUAUUUAAACACAGGAGUGCACGCGAGCUGCUCGAUGUGACUCUGGCAGCCGUCGACCAUGAGUAACAGCCACCCUCUGCGUCCACUGGCCUCCGUGUCGGAGAUCGACCACAUUCACCUGUUGUCGGAGCAGCUGGGAGCCCUGGUUCUCGGUGAGGAGUACAGCGAUGUUACCUUCAUCGUGGAGGGAAAGCGGUUCCCGGCUCAUCGGGUCAUCCUGGCAGCUCGCUGUCACUACUUCAGGGCCCUUCUGUACGGUGGGAUGAAAGAGUCCCAGCCCCAGGCAGAGGUUUGUUUAGAGGAGACUCGAGCUGAGGCCUUCUCGAUGCUGCUAAACUACCUGUACACAGGCCGGGCCAGCCUCAGCUCUGCCCGGGAAGAGGUGCUGCUGGACUUUCUGGGCCUGGCUCACCGCUACGGACUCCAGCCGCUAGAAGACUCCACCUCUGAGUUCCUCCGCACCAUCCUGCACACCAACAAUGUCUGUCUGGUUUUUGACGUGGCCAGUCUGUACUCUCUGAGCGCGCUUAGCGCAGCCUGCUGUGCCUAUAUGGACAGACAUGGACCUGAAGUGUUGAAUUCUGACGGCUUCCUCAUGCUUUCCAAGAAUGCUCUGCUUACUGUGGUCCGGCGGGACUCGUUUGCUGCCAGUGAGAAGGAGAUCUUCCAGGCCUUGAGCCGUUGGUGCCGACAGCAUGAAGAUGGGACUGACACCCAGGAAGUGAUGUCAGCAGUACGGCUGCCACUCAUGACUCUGACAGAAAUGCUAAACGUGGUACGACCGUCCGGCCUGCUGAGCCCAGACGACCUGCUGGACGCCAUCAAGACCCGCUCUGAGAGCCGCAACAUGGACCUUAACUACCGUGGCAUGCUCAUCCCAGAGGAGAACAUUGCCACCAUGAAGCAUGGAGCUCAGGUAGUAAAAGGGGAGCUGAAGUCAGCGCUGCUGGAUGGAGAUACCCAGAACUACGACCUGGACCAUGGUUUCUCCAGACAUCCCAUCGAGGAGGAUGGUAGGGCCGGGAUCCAGGUCAAACUCGGCCAGUCGUCCAUCAUCAACCACAUCCGGUUACUGCUGUGGGACAGAGACAGUCGGUCCUACUCCUACUACAUCGAGGUAUCUAUGGAUGAGCUGGACUGGGUUCGUGUUGUGGACCAUUCAAAGUACCUCUGUCGCUCUUGGCAGAAUCUGUUCUUCACACCACGAGUUUGCAGGUACAUUCGCAUUGUGGGAACACACAACACAGUCAACAAGGUCUUCCAUCUCGUGGCCUUUGAAUGUAUGUUCACCAACCACUCAUUUACUCUGGAGAACGGACUUUUGGUGCCCAGUGAGAAUGUGGCAACCAUCGCAUCGUGUGCCAGUGUAAUCGAGGGUGUGAGCCGCAGCAGAAAUGCCUUGCUCAACGGCGACACGCGCAACUACGACUGGGACUCCGGCUACACCUGCCAUCAACUGGGUUCUGGAGCAAUUGUCAUCCAGCUGGCUCAGCCCUACUCCAUUGGAUCCUUGAGGCUGCUGCUGUGGGACUGCGACGAGCGCUCCUACAGUUAUUAUAUUGAAGUCUCGACCAACCAGCAACAGUGGACGAAGGUGGUAGACCGCACCAGGGUGGCGUGUCGAUCAUGGCAGACACUGAAGUUUGAUAAGCAGCCUGCUUCCUUCAUCCGGAUUGUUGGGACUCACAACACUGCUAAUGAGGUGUUCCACUGUGUUCACUUCGAGUGCCCGGCCCAGUUGGACACGGAGGUUAAUGAAGGCAGCCCGGGCGUGGACUCCACUGAUUCUGGGUCCACCUCACCGCAGCCACGACCCCAACGACCUUCACGCACACACAGCCUAAUGCCCUCCCAGCCCUCUUCCUCCUCCUCAUCUUCCUCCCAGUCCCAUCAUUAAGCGCCCUUUCCCCCUCACCCCUUCAAUGGAGGGCGUUGAGAGGAAGGGAGGCCUCAGAAUGCCAUUUUGCACAGCCUUCAUCAUCCAGACUGCACUGCUACAGCGCUGCUAAAGGCGAUCGUGUCAUUGUCAUAUCCCAUGGUCCUCUGUCAUAAGUGCAACAUUUAAGACUGAUAAAUCUGUAGCAGCAGCGUUUAGGGCUUCAGUCUUCCCAGGUCGGAAACAGAUGGUUAGGUAUCACAUCCACUGGCUCAUACAUUUUUGUGAAGGUACUUUUUAGCUACUAAGACUCAAGUUUUUUCCUUCAAAAUCAUCAAAGUGGAAUCUUAACUUCUCCAAAGACGAGGCACACACACAAACACACUGAUAUGUGGUUAUAUUGUACCACCAAAGAGCAGUAAGACCGGUGGGGGGGGGGGGGGGGGGGUUGCUAUCUGAAUUUUACGAGUUAAUAUUUCCAAAAGAGAUGGAUUUUAUCCGCAAACAAGCUAUUUUUUUAAGAAACUGUCUUAAAACAACACUGCUCACUUUUCAUACCAUCGAGCUAAAUGAGUAGCAGUAAAGUAUUUUUCAAAUGUUUGGAAUUAAAUUCUACAAAGGUUUGCCAAAGUUGUGGAGCUAAUGCAUUCUGUGGCAUUUGUAUGCAACUUGCACUUAAUCCAAUUAAGCAUUUGCAUAUUAAGUAUUUGCUGAUGAGUAUUUGUUGACAGGAUUUCACACCCAAAACCAAAAUCCAUGGUUCUUAUGUGGUGUGACUUUUUGAAAGUUGAAAUUCAUACCUCAAGAAAAACCUCACUCAAACUGAUCUUAGAUUGAAUUAAGUGUCUUAAUUUUAAGCACUCGAAUAGCUUAGCACAAACGAUUGGGGAAAUCAAUUAGGUUGUGAAAUUUGGGGCUAAGGGGCUUGGACCAAAUUACGAUAUGCACUAGGGCUGCAGGGAAGAAGGUUUAUAUACAGUAGAUACACGAGCAGCUGCUAUUGGCACUUUAUUUUACUCAAGUACACAGAAAUAAAGGUUGCAGCUUGGGUCUUCUGACUGAAGAACAGUACUGGAGUGCUGGAUUUGCUAACUUUCUGUUUGUUUGUGACAUUAAUUUAAACACUUCCUCGCUCUUAGUCAGGUUCGAGCUGUCUUUUGUGUGUUUUUGGAGGAUUGUUUUUAAGCUAUCAGUGCUGUGGUUCCUGUUUGUUUGUUGUUUUUUUUUGUUUUAUUUUUGUCCUGGUGUUGCACUUUUGAGUUGUUUGUGUUGAAAAACUCCUUUUUAAAAAGAUCCUUUUAUUUGAUGUUAAAUAACCUGAAAUACCUAACGACCCUGGGUGACCCACCGAUGUUUCUGUAAGCCUUCUUUAAUCACCCCCAUCUACAUUUUAGAAUAGCACCCUUAGCUGAAUAGUUGGAUAACGUCUUCCUUGAUAACUAACGAGAACUGAUAUAGGGCUUUGUUCAGGUUACAUUGUAAUGUAGAUAACACUCCCCACCCAUCAUCUACCUUUUAUGUUUGUGUAUAGUUUUACUUAAUAUAUAUAUUAGUUUUGAAUAUUGACGUGGGAUUGCAUUUCACUGCCUCUUAUUCAGUACAUUGCCUGUCAAAAUGUGAUAAUGGAAACAACUGACAUUGUUUAUUAAUGCUCAUGGCUGUGAGGGGUUAUGCCUGUCUGCUUGCCUGACUCGCUGCUGUUGAUCACAGUGGAGGUCUUUGAUACAAGCAAUACAGUAAUCUCUAUCUUCUGUUUAGUCUCGAGAGCCUCUGUUACAGAAGCAGUGAUUGAUCAGUCAACAUGUAUUCAUCAUGCUCAAGGCACUGAUGCCCCGGCAGCUCUUUAGAAAAUGUUGAUGUGUAAUGCUGCCUAAGGAGCUGUUUUACUGUCAUGAAACAUUUAAAAUAUCUAAUUUUGAAGCUCUAA